AUGGCUAACAACGUGGAUAGUGAUGAGGAACAAUUAUUUGAUCAGCGUAGAGUUACAAUGAACGAAACCUCGAACACGUAUGGCAUCGAGACGAAUGCUAUGACCCUGCAGAGGUUCGUACUGCAUGAACAAAGAAAACAUCCGUCGGCUUCCGGUGACCUCACACAUCUUCUCACUUCACUCCUUACAGCUUUCAAGGCUAUCACAAGUUCUGUACGAAAAGCUGGACUAGCUCGACUAUACGGUAUCGCCGGAAACACAAACGUACAAGGAGAAGAGGUGAAAAAGCUUGAUGUUCUAAGCAAUGAGCUUAUGAUUAACAUGAUCCGCUCCUCUUACACUAGCUGUGCCAUGGUUUCCGAGGAAAACGACGACGUUAUCGAAGUGGAUGAAGGAAAACAAGGAAAAUACAUUGUCACAUUCGAUCCUCUCGAUGGUUCAUCCAAUAUUGACUGCUUGGUGUCCAUUGGCACAAUUUUCGGGAUUUGGAAGAAACACACUGAUGGACCAGUGACAAAAGCAGAUCUAUUACAAUCAGGAAGAGCAAUGGUAGCAGCUGGUUACUGCUUGUAUGGAUCCGCAACAAUGGUUGUGCUUAGUACUGGACGUGGUGUGAACGGAUUCAUGCUUGAUCCUAGUAUCGGAGAGUUCAUUCUAACUAAUCCGAAAAUGAAAAUGCCUGAAAAAGGAAAGUACUACAGUAUCAAUGAGGGUUACGCUAAACAUUGGCCAAAAGCAUUGACUGAAUACGUUCAUAGCAGAAAGUUCCCUGAGCCAGGCAAGAAAGGAAUGGCCCAACGAUAUGUUGGAUCGAUGGUUGCUGACGUACACCGUACACUUUUGAAUGGUGGUAUUUUCCUUUAUCCAGCAACUGCGGAUGCUCCUAAAGGGAAGCUUCGUUAUCUUUACGAGUGCGCCCCAAUGGCUUUCCUUAUCGAACAAGCAGGAGGAAUAGCGACCACCGGAGAGCGACCAGUCCUCGACCAUGUUCCCACCGACAUCCAUGAACGUGGCAUUAUUUAUUUGGAGAAGAAGAUGUCGAGGGAAGCCUAUGGAAUCGAAACGGAUUCUAUGACUUUACAGCGUUUCGUUUUAGCCGAACAACGUCGAUAUCCGAAAGCUACGGGUGAUCUGACCCAUCUGCUCACUUCCCUCCUUACAGCCUUCAAGGCGAUCUCUAGUGCUGUGCGGAAAGCUGGUUUGGCUAAUCUUUAUGGUAUCGCCGGUAACAUUAAUGUCCAAGGAGAAGAGGUUAAGAAACUGGAUGUACUUAGUAAUGAACUAAUGAUUAACAUGAUUACUUCUUCCUACGCCUGCAGUGGAAUGGUAUCUGAGGAGAAUGAGCAAAUUAUCGAAGUUGAAGAUGCAAAACGAGGGAAAUACGUGGUGACUUUCGAUCCACUUGAUGGAUCUUCUAAUAUUGACUGCUUGGUUUCGAUAGGUACAAUCUUUGGAAUAUGGAGAAAAAUCACUGAGGGACCUGCUACAAAGGAUGAUUUUAUGCAACCAGGAAAGGCAAUGGUAGCAGCUGGCUACUGCCUCUAUGGUUCGGCAACGAUUGUCGUCCUUAGUACUGGCCAUGGAGUCAACGGAUUUAUGCUUGAUCCAAGUAUUGGAGAAUUCAUUCUUACUCAUCCAAAGAUGCGUGUUCCGGAGAAAGGCAAGAUUUAUAGCAUUAAUGAGGGAUAUGCAAGGUAUUGGUCAAAAGGUUUGAGUGAGUACGUUCGCACAAGGAAGUUCCCAGAGGCUGGUAAGAAGAUUAUGGGGCACCGUUACGUUGGGUCCAUGGUUGCAGACAUCCAUCGUACAAUUCUUAAUGGAGGGAUAUUCCUCUAUUCGCCCACUAAAGAUGCCCCAACAGGAAAACUUCGUCUUCUCUAUGAGUGUGCGCCAAUGGCGUUUAUUGUCGAGCAAGCUGGAGGAAUAGCUACCAAUGGCAAAAAGCGUAUUCUCGACGUCGUUCCGGAGGAUAUCCAUCAGCGCUCUACUCUUUACUUAGGUAGCAAGAAGGAUGUCGAGGAACUCCUGACUUUCUUCGCAAAAGACCAAUAA